AUGUCACACGGAGAUCAUGCAUCACAUAAAACAGGGAUGAAUAUGGCACGCCUUAACAUGUCACAUGGAGAUCAUGCAUCACAUCAGAACGCCAUUGAUAUUAUCAAAGAAUACAAUGCUCAGUUCAAUGAAAAAGUCAUAGCUAUAAUGUUGGAUACUAAGGGACCUGAGGUCAGAAGUGGAGAUGUAGCUAAACCAAUUAUUCUUCAUGAGGGGCAAGAAUUCCAUUUCACCAUUAAAAGAGGAGUCAACACAAACAACAUUGUCAGUGUAAAUUAUGAUGGCUUUAUAAAUGAUGUUGAACCUGGUGACAUACUAUUGGUUGAUGGGGGGAUGAUGUCAUUGGGUGUUAAAUCCAAGACUGGAGAUUUAGUAAAAUGUGAAGUAAUUGAUGGUGGAGAAUUGAAAUCAAGGAGACAUCUCAACGUGCAUGGAAAAAGUGCAACUUUGCCUUCAAUAAUAGAUUGGGAAGAUAUAAUGUUUGGAGUGGAUAACAAAGUUGAUUUAUAUGUUGUUUCCUUUGUGAAGGAUGCUGAAGUGGUUCAUGAGCUGAAAGCUUAUCGGAAAAAUAUCCGUGUGAUUGUAAAAAUCGAAAGUGCAGACUCAAUAGUCAAUCUUCCUUCCAUACUUUCCGCAUCUGAUGGGCCAAUGGUUGCACGUUGUGACCUUGGAGCAGAGCUUCCAAUUGAAGAAGUUCCUUUAUUGCAUGUGUCAAAAGUUGCAAAAAAAAAAAAAACAGUUAUAGUAGCAACAAACAUGUUAGAAAGCAUGAUUGAUCAUCCAACUCCAACAAGAGCUAAAGUUUUUGACAUUGCAAUAGCAGUAAGACAAGGUGUUGAUGUUGUCAUGCUUUCAGGUGAAACUACUCAUGGAAAUUUUCCACUAAAAGCUGUGAAGUUAUGCACACUGUGGCGUUAA